AUGGCACUGGCAGUGACGAAGUGGACCGGAAAUUUGGAGAAGUUCUGUGGUGAAGUUAAAGUAUCUGGUGACAUCUCCAUUACUGAAGGAAACAAUUAUCGGGAAUUUGUACAUAUCCAGGGGUUGAGGGGAAAAAUCCUAAAUCAAGUGAGAAACCUUGCUGCGGAGGCAGGUGGUAAAGGUUCUGCUAAGAAAGAUCUUAACAGCCAGCGGAACUCAUUUAGAGAUAUUCUGGAAUCUCUUGAGACGAAGCUUCUUUCGAGGAGUGAGCAUCAUAUAUCUGCUCUUGAGAAGAGGAUGUACAAGUCACCAAACUCAGUUCUUAAUAAGGCAAGGACCCAGUUGUUGAACAAGCAGCGAAUGUUGUCCCAGGAUAAGAACACUGGCCACUAUGCAGUUGGCUUUGGUGAUGAGGAAAUUUAG